AUGUGGUGGUCGUGGGUUGAAGUUGUCCAAGUGCGAAAGUACGCCGCAGAGUGGGUUUCGAUUUUUGCCAGCUCGCUCCUCGAAAACCGUGACUUUGGUGCACAAGGAACGGAACCACCAAGGGCUUUUGGUCCGGGCUCUGGUCCUCUUCGCUGGGCCACUGGGCGAAAUAUUUUUUCAACCCGCGAUGGUGGUGGUGUGCACCCAAUCAGAGCCUUCACAGCAGGCAAAGUGGACCCGCCCGCGUGCAAUUUGUUAGGGUUGGCCAACCCUCCAACCGAAAGGCCUGGAGGGGUGGUUCUGGAGUGGCACCUCUUCCCGCAACCUCAUACAAUUGAAAUUCCUACUCCCGACGACCUAGGUGCCUUUGGUAUUCCGACCGACGACAUCACAAAUCAGACAAAAUGGCGCCAGCUGCAGGAGCUAAGAAGCAAAAGAAGAAGGUCCAAGGGAAAGGUCAAGGACAAGGCCCAGCACGCCGUCAUCCUCGACAAGGCCACCUCCGACAAGCUCUACAAGGAUGUUCAGUCCUACCGCCUGGUGACCGUCGCCGUCCUCGUCGAUCGUCUUAAGAUCAACGGCUCCCUGGCCCGCAGAUGUCUUGCCGACCUCGAGGAGAAGGGCAUCAUUAAGCCCGUUGUCCAGCACAGCAAGAUGAAGAUCUACACCCGUGCCGUCGGUGGUACUGACUAA